UAUGAAAACAAAUAAUAUUAUAAUAUAAAAAAAUGCGACGCUAAUAUGAAAAUAUUCGUGAAUAUGGUUCAGUGAUAAAUCCAAGAUGGCGCAUAAAGUGAAGAGCAAUCAUUACGUGGCUACGCACAGGUCCGGAAUGGACUCGCCCUCAUCUGGCGGAUACCUGCACAGGGGUUCGUCGAGGGAUGAAAACGACAGCCAUCGGGCACCCUCCGAGAGGACAUUAUCUGAAUAUACGACGAUAGACGAGCGGACACGAUCUCCCUCUGGCGGUGGUUCGGGAGAACAUCGCAAUGGCAGACGACACCAGACGGGCGGGUCUCCUCGUGCAGACUCCGAUGUAUAUGUCACCAGCGCCGCCUAUCGCCCGCCUUCUGAAAUUAGUCGUCAGUCGCGUGCGCCUCGCAGCGUGUACUCGUACAGAAGCGCUGUGGCGCCAUCUGUAGCAUCCACACAUCGCUCCAAAGUCUCCAGAAAGGCGGGCGUGAAAGUGGAGACGAUGGCAGCACCGAACCCGUUCUGUCCGAACGUGAAGGGCAUGUGCUGCCUGAUGCUUCUCCUCAAUCUGGGUCUCAUACUCGUCACCCUCGGCUUCGUCAUCGUGCUGCAGUUCUUCGAACCGCUCUUUGUAUGGAUUCUUGGCAUAGUGUUCUUGAUAUUCGGGUUCAUCACCCUCGUCGGCAGUCUCAUAUACUGCGUGGUGCUCUGCAGAGAAAACCCAUACCCAAGGUACCCUGACGACUUCUACUGGACCCACCACUGGUCCAAGACGAUUGGACCUUCAGAAAUACACUACAGCGCAAGUGAAAAGCCCUACAGGCAGAACGGACACAGCGACAGAUAUAAUAAAUACAACGGCAAAUAUUCCGAUAAAGAAAGUGCUAAAGGUUAUUCUGACAGAGAAAGCAAGUUAAGUAGGUACUGAAUGCUUAACUUAGGUUAUAAAUACUGAGGUACUGUGCCGCAUUUAAAUCGCAAUGUCGUCACAAAUACCAUUUAAAUAUGAAUGUAAGUGAAAGAAGUUUUUAGGUUAGAAUUCUUCAAUGCAUUUUUAUUGUUUGGGAAAUCUUUUUUUAUUGAAUUGAACGCCAUCUUUCUUUUUAUAUGAAACAAAAGGGAAACUAUUUCAAAUACGUAGUUGUUAAGAGAAAUUCACUUGGUAACUGAUUUAACAACGAUUUA